AUGGAGGAGCCCCAGAUACAAUGUAUGAUAUGUUUGAGUAAUCGGUCGAAAUAUACUUGUCCCAUAUGUGCUUUUAAAACUUGCUCUUUACUGUGUUACAAGACUCAUCAAACCAAGCAAACCUGUACUGGGAAAGUCGAUGUGACUCGAUUUGUUAAGCAAGAAGAAUUGACUUCAAACCCUGUCCAUUUGAACCGAGACUAUAGCUUUUUGCAGACUGUUGACAGGCAAGUUCAUUUGUCUAAAGAGGAUAUCAAGGUGAGUGCUAAAAAUAUUUUCAAAAGAAGUAGAAAUGAUCACUUUCAGAAUAGGAAAAGGUUCAAGAGUUUUUAUGAAAAUGGACUAGACAAGGAUAAGAGAAAAUUGUCUGUUUGCAAAACCUUUUUGCAUGAUCCUCCUACCCAAAUCAAACGCGAUAAUACACUUGUCGUUCAACUUCCCUCGGGAAUGCUGAGAUCCGUGUCCAAUAAAACCGGCUAUGAAAAAAGACUCAAUUGUUUUGUUUGGACAGUUGAGUGGAUACUUUUUGAUGGUCAAGCAAAGGAAGUUACCAGAUUUCUUAGUUUUCGCUUAAAAGAAAACUUGACUUUAAAGGAGAUUGUACCUAUUAAUAUCUUGAGCAGUCACGGUAUAUCGAACAAAGAUAGCUUACGAUUUUACUUGAAGAAUGUAAUUAACCAACCAAAAGACUCGGUUUUAGCCUUGGAUUCUAAUUCAACGCUAAAUUCAGCCUUGAAAAAUAAAGUUGUCUUGGAGUACCCAACAAUUUACAUUACCCAGGAGGAGGGAGACGUUUUGAAGGACAGAGUAGUGGACGAGAAAAAAGCAUACACAUACGGCUUGAGUGAUGCAGGAGAAGAGGACUCUUCUGAAAGCGAGGAUUCUUUGAGCAACAAGGAUGAUGAUGAUGACUCCGAUAGCGGGCCCGAGGAGCACACACUGAAGAAUUUAGUUGUCAGCAAAUUCUCCUUACCUAUAGAUAUCGCAAGUACCUCCCCAAUUGCAAGCAAUACUGAAGCUGCUUCCGAUAUACCAAGUGUUGGAGAAACUGUAGAUGUACAUGACGUAGAUUGA